GGCCUUUUUUUAUAUACUUUUCAUUUUCAACACUUAAGUCACUUCGUACUUCUCUACUGCUACUCAUCAUCCUCUUUCCUUUUAAACCUGUAGAUCUGCACUGCUCUGUUAAUCAGGCCUAAUGACUGAGAGCCAGGGCCAAACCCCAACCAUGAACGAUGAUGGAUACCAAUAUGACCUCUUCUUGGAGCUUUUCAAUACCACCUAUGACAUGACAGAUCCCACUUAUGUGGUCAGUAAUGCUGUCCAGCUCUGUUCAAAAGAGGCUGUCAAUGAGUUUGCUGCAAGUGUUACACCUAUUUUCUACUAUGUCAACUUCCUGUUGAGUUACCUUGGCAAUGGACUUGUCCUCUUCAUCAUCUACAAGUAUGAGAAGCUUAACACAGCAACAAACAUCUUCCUCCUGAAUUUGGUCCUAUCCAACAUCCUGUUUGCCUCAAGUCUUCCCUUCUGGGCAAAAUACCACGUGUAUGAGUGGAUUUUUGGCUUGGCUCUGUGUAAGAUGGUCAGCAGCGCCUACUUCAUCGGUUUCUACAGCUCCAUCCUCUUCCUCACACUUAUGACGUUUGACCGAUACCUCGCAGUGGUGCAUGCAGUGGCAGCUGCCAAGAGCAGGAAGAAGUCCUACGCCAUAAUUGCAUCAGUGAUGGUUUGGUGCGUCAGUAUUGCAGCAAGUGUGAAAGAGCUAGUUCUGCAAAAUGUGUGGAAGAGUCCGAUAAAUGGACUAAUGUGUGAAGAGUCAGGAUUUCCUGAGAGCACAAUGGAGCGCUGGCGCCUGGUCAGUUAUUACCAACAGUUCCUUCUUUUCUUCCUCCUGCCUCUGUUCAUGGUGAUGUUCUGCUACAUUAGCAUCGCUGUACGCAUCCUGUCCACCCGCAUGAAGGAAAAGUGUCGCGCCAUCAAACUCAUAUUUGUCAUCAUCUUCACCUUCUUUGCCUGCUGGACACCCUACAAUAUAGUCAUCCUCCUUCGAGCUAUUAAGAUCACCAGAAAGAGUGAGAAUGCUGACUCGUGUUCUGACAUGGAAAGCUUGGACUAUGCGCUGUAUUUGACCCGAAACAUAGCAUAUUUGUAUUGUUGCAUUAGUCCUAUGUUUUACACUUUUCUGGGAAAGAAGUUCCAGAGUCACUUCAGGAGGCUGAUAGCAAAGAAGAUACCAUGUCUGAAGAGACACAUGAGCAUAAGCAGCCAGAGCACAAGAACCACAUCACAGAGGACACCACACUCUGCUUAUGAGUACUAGACGAAGGGACCAAUGAACCAACGAGCGCACACACGUAUAGAAAAAGUCAUGAUUAUUUUUUGUUACAUAAUUUCUUUUCUUUUUUUUUUCUUUUAAUUUUUUUUGGGGCUUUUUGUGCCUUUAUUAGAGAGAUAGGACAGUGGAUAAAUAGACGAUUUUUGUCGACUUACAUGCAGAAAUGGGAAGCAUUGAUAUUUCAAUGAGUAUAAAUAAUUUGUUUGAAACGUUGCUUUGCCUUUUCAUUGUGUCUGCUUUAUCAUGCAGGUAUAAACUGCUGGAUGCAUCAAAAACUUAAUGUUACAUCCUGCUGCAGUCUGUAGCUGUUAAAUAAUAACAAAUGAAUCAGUUACAUUGUGUUCCAUACAAAAACUGGAGUUCCCAAACGCUCCCUGUUUGUUGUUUUCUUUGACUGACUCUGAUUCUCUCACACACACCUAAAGGAACAGUUUCUGUUACACGUUCAACUUCAACAUGGGGAAAAUUAAAAAGGAAAAUAUUGUUUUUGUAGAUUAGAGCAAACUUAUUGGGACAGAAAGAUUUUAAUGUUGUGUUUGUAACGUUGAAGUGAUAUGUUGGGGGGCGGGGUAAAACUGUUAUUGAAAUCAUGCAGCUCGUUUAUUUUACAGUCUGUUGUACAAUUUAAAAAAAAAUGCUUCCUAAAUAAAAAACAUUGUUUAAAUGUAA